UGAAGGAAACUGAGGCACAAAGCUGUUUAGUGACUUGACUGAAGUCAAACAGUGAAAGGGAACCCUUCUGGAGAACUCGAGCACAGAACAGGCCUGCCUGCACCCUCUCUGCAGCCUGGAGAUCCUAAGCAUCUUGACUCUGCAGUUUUCAUUUAGUGCACAGCCACUUUAAGCUUUCUUUCUGGAGUUUGCUGAUCAUUGGAAAAAAUUGGAUUUCCUAUUCAUUUGUCUACGGACUUCGGGGAGAUCUCUAGGGCAGUCCUGCUGGUGGUGCCAUUUGGAGACAAGACGCCCAGGGUGGUUCCUCUUCCUGCAGAACAGGGGAGAGCCUGAGCCCCACUCAUGACCUGUGGCUGCCCUGUAAGAAGCUCAUCAUGCUGUCAGAACACCUUAUGCUCUGGCAUGGCUUAGUGAUUGCAGUCGUGUCUGUCAUCUUACAGACCUGCCUCCUCGCAACCAUCAACUACCUGCUCAGCAGGCACAUGGCCAAAGAGAAUGAGCAGUUACUAAAAAGAGCCACGUUCCAGGUUCCCAGGCCCAGCCCUGCCCACCACCACUCACCUGCUGCCCAGGAGAUGAAAGAGACUCAGGCAGAGAGAGGAACCCCUGUGUCUGAACCUCGUUACAGGGAUGAUGGCGAUACGUCCUCAGAUAGCUCAGACACCUCGGACAAUUCCAGCAGCUCACCUCCCACCUACCAGGCCACCAAAGAUGUGAAUUAUACACAAGUGGUCUUUCCAGCCACUGGAAGACGAAAAACUGAAUCUGCCCCAGACUAUGAGAAUGUAAAGGAAUCCACAGAUUAUGUCAAUAUCAAUCCAAAAAGCCAGAAGCACAAUUUGUGGACUUCUGUGAACCCUGCUGUCUUUGAGCCAGUGGAAUACACUCAAGUGGCCAUGUGAAUUCUAGGUUUCUUUUUUUUUAAAUGGGGUAAAGUUCUCUAUGAAUUCUUGUACUUAUUUAACAAGACAUGAGAGAAAAAAACAGGCUUGUAUCUCAGCAAGAAAGAUUCAGAUGAGAUGUUAGGAAGAACUUCCAGGUUAAAUACGAAAACACUGGAGCAUAUCAGCAGAGAAAGUGGUGAAGUCUUCAUAGAAAAUUUUUUAAAGAUUUAAAUCAGCUAUAGUAGAAAUCUGUUUGUCAAUCUUAUGAUUAAAUAACUCUUUGAGCUCUGUAAUUAUUGGCAAUAAACAACUUGCUUAAAAGUUUUAAAUAAAAAGCAACCACCAGUUCCUCUUUUCCUCUUGCCUAACCGUGCAUAUGUCCCCUUUUCACCGCCCUGUCUUGCUGAGUAAUCAUGCUUUGCCCUCAGAACUAUAAAUAAUACACUUAGAACACCCACCAUCAUUCAACCUUUGAAUUCAAUGUUUCUUAUGAACAAAAGAUGACAGAUAGUCCUGGUAAAUACC